ACAAUCCAUGGUUUGAUUUAUAACGCUCUCAAAUUGUUCAUGGAAAUGAAUCAGAAGUUGUUUGACAGUUGCACACAAAAGUACAAAGAAGAUCGACAAAAGAAUCGGGAGGAAGCAAAGCGCCGCGAACGCAUUUGGGCCGCUCUGCAUCGAACCGCAAAAGAGAACCCGCUCUACGAUGUGGUCAUGAACGGCCGCUUCGAUUUAGAUGAGCUGACCGACGGUACACCUGGACCUGCAAUCUCCGGAGAUGGAAUUGGGUCGGAUGCUGCUAACAAUCGCACCGGAGCUAUGGGCGAUUUUGGACCGACCUCAGCAUCAGUUGUUGGCCCUAUGGAAGAUGGUAAUCUUGCUGUAGAUGAGGAUGUAACCAGUUCUCUUCGCGAUUUGCAGCAGGAAACCGAAAGCGACCCAAAAUUAAUGGGUAUGAUAACCGAACGCAGACGGGAGCAGUUGCCCAUGGUUUGUCGCAAGUCUGAACUACCUCAGGACAUAUCAACUAUUCGUGCUCUCGAACAACAUCGGCGUCCGGACAAAUACCUGGAAACACAGCCUGACAACUAA